UUCGUUGCCGGAGAUUACCUGCUGGACCCAGCCAUAUGCCGUGCGAUAGGAUUUGACCCUAAAAAACGCCUGUUGAAGCCAGGUGCCUUCCCUACACUCUUCAGUCAUGGUGAAGGCGAUGCCAUGGAUGGUAUGCCUACGACCAGUGCGCCGCGGUCAGCUGUGCAGAAGAGGGCACAUCAGCAGGCUGUAGCAGAGGCGGUAGCGGGAUACAACGUGUUGUAUGGAGAGGAGGCGGAGGAGGCAGCUGAGCAGGAUGAUGGUUUUUUGAUGGCUGAUGAAGGCCGAUUUGAGGAGGUUGGCAAUCACCUGAUAGAGGAUGCAGUACUGCCACAGAGUUUAGACGAUUUGGAGGUUUUGCCACAAGAACACCCUGAAACCUUUGCCAUUGGGACACAAGUUGGCUCCUCAGUCUCCAUGCGGUUUGCCAAGGCUGUCCAGGUCAAUAUUGUCACUGGGUCUCGGAACAAAGGUUCACAGACAACCUCCUGCACCGGGGAUAUUGGCUGUCAGGCAGAACCAGAAGUCCGAGAAAUUGCCAUUCAGACAGAUCUGUUUGACAUUGAUGUGCCAGUUUUCCGAGGCUUGAAACCAAGUGAUGAAGACAUGGAGGAUGAAGAGGUGCACUUUCCAAGUCAGGAAACGAUGAAGACUGAUGACAGUGACGAUGAAGACUGGGAGCCAUGUGAAGAUGAUUAUUGUCAAGAAUUUGAUGACUCGCUCCUUGAUGAUGAAAAUGUGUUACUGCUCGCCACACUCCACUUUAAUGAAAAUUCAAAUCGGAAACAGCGUAUGGGACAAGAUGAACAGCCGCAGUGGUCGAUUUCAUACCCCAAGGGGAGAGGAGGAGCUGCAGUAGCAAAAGAGGUCAAAAUUGAAUCAACAUAUGACUAUGUACAGCUAAUUCUGGAGGACCUGCUGAAGCGGAGAGAUGACCUGCCAUCUUACAAAUUGGCAAGAGAUGCAAAGGACAAGUACCAAGUGACUCAUCCUAUUCCAGGUCCAGUGUGCUCAAAGUACGACAAGCAGGACAAGAUGAAAGUUGUAGAUGAAACAAAAACGAGGUUUAUCAAACUGUAGAGUUCAUUCAUAGCACCAUCAGAGUUAACUAUCACAGAUCAAUUGAACGGUCACACCAAAUCAAUUGAACGUAGGAUACUUGAAUCCUGUGUACCCGUCAUUGUCCGGAGCAGGCCAAGCAGCACGUAUCUUGUCCCGAGCACAAACAGGGAGCGGCAAACAGUUCCUUCUCCCCAACCUCUUCCAAACCCAACGGACAAGGUUCCUAUAGGCCACGUAUCGAUAUAACCUGAAAUUGUUGGGAAGAAAACAAUGUUUGUACAUUUAAUUGACAGUUUUUUAAAAAUUUAUUGAAAACUUGUAAUAUUAUUACUAAAUACAUGUAGAUACAUUUUAUUAUAUCUAUUUUCUAUAUUUCUAGUCUUCAAAGGGAGAAAAAAAUCUCAUUUCUGAAUUGAUAUUGCCUUUUCUUGUCUUCAAUUAUACAGCGAUGGAGGUGGUCAUCAUUACUUACUUGUGAAUGGGCUGGUCAUCGCCUAUUUGUCCCUGCUCUUCGAUGUAGUGAUACAUCGACAUUUCCAGCACCCAUCUAUCAAGACAGGUGCUGGAAAAACCUGGGUGUUGCGUGAUGCACUCUACUUUCAGCUCAUCCUUCUUGGUCUGGACUGGUGAAUAGUCUGAGCAGCACAAGGAUUCCCUCCCCUUCUCUUGUGGAGUGCAGACACCACAAUGACACCUACAAAUACAAGUAUAAUAUAAAUGUUAUUGUUAUACAGCAGUGAUGAUAUUUCGAUAGCCAUUGCCAUCAAUGAAUCAGGGCCUAGGCCAAGGGUAGGCCAAAUUUGAGUGAGAGGCAGGCCCCUGGAGCUCAGCUUAGUAAGAUUUAGCAUUGUUUCAAUCAAUCAAUUAAUGUAGUAUUGUCGAAGGCUUUCGCCUUAAGUUGUUACGGUGAGAAU